GAUCAGUCAACAGAGUUUAGAGUCCAGGAUUCUCUGUCACUUCACCACAGCACUGUCGCCGGGUGCUAUCAGCGUCGGCAGGCUUGGCAUGUCCCUGCAACCUCAUCCACACAAGCAACCUCUGACCGGCGUCAGCUCGUUGCCCCACACGGCCACACCACACUCGCACACGCAACGAAGCUCCACGAUCCUGCGCAGCAUCUAUCGCGCCAGCUAGAUUAGCUUGCUCAGCUCAGCUCGAUCGCCGGCGGCAGCCCGGAUGGUGGAGCCGGAGGCCGCCUUCGCCGUCGCCAGCGUCCUGGCCGUGGUCACCGUGGCCGUCCUGCUGCGCGCGUGCUCCCGCCGCGCCGCGCCCGCGACGCCGCGCCGGAGGGAGGAGGCGCGCGCUCACCGCCGCGGCGCGGUCAUGGCGGACGCCGCCUUCUUCGCGGGCGGCGUGGCGGACGUCGACGCGGGCCUCGACGACGCCGCGCUCAGGGCGCUGCCCAAACUGAUCUACGGCAACGAGGAAGCCGAGGCGGCCGGGAAGACGAAGGCGGCGUGCUGCGCGGUGUGCCUGGGCGAGUACGCCGGCGGCGACGUGCUCCGGAUGCUGCCUCGGUGCGGGCACGCCUUCCACCAGCGCUGCGUCGACCGAUGGCUGCGGCUGCACCAGACGUGCCCUGUCUGCCGCUCGCCGCCGGCGCUCAGCCCCGCCGCGGCGACAGCUCUGGCCGCGCCCACGCACCCCUGAUUGCAAAUUCUCAACUUACUCCGGUUGGAAGCUGUAAAGUAGAAGCAUUGUACCAUAUGAAUAUGAAAUAGAAGAGGGGACACCUCAAAGAUUCAGCAGAAA